CUCUCUUCGUCCCUUUGCUAGCGACAUAGGAAAAGAAGCAGAGAGAGGAGGGAGAGGCAAAGGCCGGAGAACACAAAUUCUACGCCCUCUCUCUCUCCUCUCUCUCUAUCUCUCUCUCUCUUCUCGGCAAAGAUGGAGUUUUCUCCGAUCUCGUUAUCCUGCGCCCAGAAGGAGACGGGGAUGGAGGCGGCUCUCUUGCAGGUGGAUCAAUUCCUCUUGGAGGCCCUCGAGAACCCUCGCCAUCGUCUCACUGUUCUGCGGAUGGAGUUGGACAUUCAGAGGUUCAUGCAGAGCUCUGAUUUGCACCAGUUUGAAUUCCAGCACCUCCCAACUUCAUACCUUCGGUGUGCUGCUCAUCGUGUUGCACAACACUAUGGUCUACAGACUAUGGUAGCAGAUAGCACUUUAGAUGGUUUGAAUGGCAGAAUAAUUGCGAGAAAAACAUCUGAAAGCAGAUUUCCAGCUGUCUUUUUAUCAGAUGUUCCAGCUAAACAGACUGAAAAUGAGAAAACUGAACAUUUUAAAAUUGCUAUUCGUCAAAGGCCUAAUAAAGUUUCCCAUAGCGAUUUAACUGAACUAGAAACCAAGAGAAAUCUUGCGAGAACAGUGGAAGAGAGGAAGGAGGAAUAUGAUAAAGCACGGGCCCGCAUCUUCAGCGGUUCUAGCAGUCCAGACUCAGAAGGUCCAAAUUCUCCAGCUGCAAAUGAUGGAAGAAACCAUUGUUCAAGCAAAGACGAGCAUGAAUGCUACCAAAGUUGCAUUGAUGAGUAUGAACAACUCAGCACAAAAGUUGGUGCUCCUAGGGUUGCCAUUUUCAGGGACAGGGAAAAGGAUCGCAGUGAUCCAGAUUAUGAUCGAAGUUAUGACAGGUAUAUUAAGGGCCUUGCACCUAGCCAGACCUUCAGCUUGCCAGCUUGCAAUGUUCUUCAGGCUCCAUUUUUUCAAUACGAGGCAGGCUUUGCUCAGCUGGGUCAAUUUCCAAGCAAUCAAACUCCUAUGAACUAUGGGCCACCAGAUUCAAAUUUGAACCCUUAUUGUGCUGUUGGAUGCCAACAAGCUCCUGGAGAUGCGGUCUAUAUGCAAUGGCCUACCCCUGCUAUGAUGUAUGCACACUCUUAUGAACAUUUCAGACAUGGCAUUUUCCAGGCUCCAUUCUAUCAGCAACCUCUGAGCUUUGAUCAUAUGCGAAACCACUAGAGGCAGCAAGGAAAAGUCAGAUGUAUAACAAUCUAUGUUGUACCGUAGACCAGAGACUAUAAGAUACUCAAACUAAUUUCGUUCAAUUCUAGGGUUUGUGUUUGUAUGAAAAGAACAAAGUACACAAAUUGCACUUAGUAUCUUUUAAAUCUGGAUCAGACUCUAUUUUAGUUGUUCCCAAGUAUUAAUUUACUGCUUCUGUUAUCAUCCAA